CAGAUAUAUGUUCCUCAGAAUCUGCUGAGAAGCGUGAUUUAUAAACCAUGGUACUGUUAGCAGCAGCAGUUUGUACGAAAGGGGGUAAAGUCCUCGUGUCCCGGCAGUUUGUUGACAUGAAUAGAUCAAGAAUCGAAGGUCUUCUCUCCGCCUUUCCGAAACUGAUUACAAGUGGGAAACAGCACACAUUCGUUGAGACCGAGAGCGUCCGAUAUGUUUAUCAAGCAAUUGAAAAAUUAUACAUAGUGCUAAUCACAACAAAAAACAGCAACAUAUUAGAAGAUCUGGAAACAUUGCGACUUUUUGCUAAAGUGAUUCCAGAAUACAGUCACUCUGUUGACGAAAUGGGAAUUGCAGAGAAUGCAUUUAAUUUGAUUUUCGCAUUCGACGAAAUCGUAGCUCUGGGAUAUCGAGAAAGUGUCAACCCACAAAUGAUCAGAGGCUUUAUCGAGAUGGACUCUCACGAGGAAAAAGUGCAACUGGCUGUUCGACAGAGCCAAGAAAGGGAAGCGAAGGCGGAGAUGAAGAAGAAGAUCAAAGAGAUGGACAAUAAGAGGAAACUGGAUGAACGAGGAGGUCGUCGAGGCAUUGGCGGAGGGAGACCGUACGAAAGUAUCAGUUCGGUGGUCACAGUCACGGCCCCGGUAGAGCAGCCCAAGUACAAUAUGAACGCCAAUACUAACUCUAGUAACCGAAUCACAGCGGGCAAGAAGGGCAUGCAAUUGGGUUCAAAGAGGGGAAAUGUGGACAGUUUUGUGGACCAGCUCAAAAACGAGGGAGAAGACAUCCGUUCCGCUGGACUAUCGGACAGAAACAGGCCAUUGGAAACUCCAGUUGUCCCACCUUCUCGAGUUCAAAUUGAAAAUGUGCAUUUGCGGGUUGAGGAGAAGUUGUCGGUGGUGCUGAACAGAGACGGGGGCGUGGAGUCGUUCGACCUGCACGGAAUGAUGUACAACAAAGUGUUCGAGGAGAGAUUCAACAGAGUGGCCAUCUAUCUCAAGAACCACAUCAGAGGCACACAGCCACAGCCGCAUCCGAACAUUGACAGACAGCGUUUCGUGAAUGACCACGUGAUUGCUCUGCGGAAUGCGGAGAAGACAUUCCCGGUGAACACGGACACGGGGGUGCUCAAGUGGCGACUGCAGUCCCAGGAUGACUCAUUUGUCCCAUUCACUAUCAACUGUUGGCCCAAUGAGGGUGGGGACGGGUGUGAGGUGAACGUGGAGUAUGAGUUGCAGAACAGGAGCCUCGAGCUCAGAGGAGUCCAGAUCGAAAUACCCAUCCCUUCGAAUGCGGGUGCGCCGGUGGUGUCGGAGAUAGACGGUAACUACCAGUUUGAGUCCAGAAGAGGUGCUCUGUUCUGGCGCCUGGAAGUGGUGGACCAGCACAACUCCACCGGCACCCUGGUGUUCACGUGUGGAUCCGCCAACCCAGACACUUUCUUCCCCAUCCAUGUCUCAUUCUACUCCCCAAAACUUAUCUCAGACGUCCAGAUUGAUCGUGUGACCCAAAGCCAAGACGACGACAAUGUUUCUCUCAGAUAUUCCACCGAGUCAUCUUUAGUCGUGGAAAAGUACGACAUAAUUUAGUGACGACUCGCGAGAAGAAAGACUACAGUAAAAAGUUCGAUCAAUCAUCAAUCGUUGGAAAGGGAUGGGAAUGUUUAAACGGAAAAAAGUACAUCACAAAAUGAAACUGCGCACGAAAAAACCUUGUAAUUGAUAUCCUGUUACCACAGCAAAAUUCAAUGCGGAAUAUUUAGUAUGGUAAAAUUGUGAAAUUGAAUUGUGACGGCAGAGCAACGCAUUUAUCAAAAGUUUUUUUUCUGUGUAAAAUAUAAAUAAAUUUUCGACUUCACAAUUUGGAUAUGAUCAUUUAUUGUUUAUAAUGAGUAUUUCGAUGCAAAUAAUGAUUAAACUUGUUGUUGAUGAAGUUUUGAAUUAAUUGGAUUGGAAAGUAAUCCCCUUUAAAGUCCCGAUUAAAAUUCUCCCCUCCAUUUUCGGGCCUGUUUUAUCUUCAUAUCACCCAAAACAUUUUGCAGUGCCGUGUCGUAUUUCCAUUCCUGGCUAUUACAUAAAAAUUAAUGUGUAAAAACAUAGUAUAAGUCUUUGCUUUUAUUGGGUAUGUUUUGUCGGUCGUUCCAUUGGCGCAAUUUGAUGUCUCAUUUGAACGAUGCUUCGAAUAAUUUCCUUUUUGAGGUUUUUGGAUGUAACAUAAUUUUGACAACUUUUUUUCUUAUUUUCCUGUAAGGAAUUAUAUUGAAGGAAUUGCAAUCAAAUCUAGUGUGACUGAUCUCACGUAACGUGAACCCUACUGACCUUUUGAUCUCCACUUGUCACUAGUAGAAGCAGAAGACGGGUUUGUGGAAUUUGUAAUUGUUAUACUAUUCUUACGAUGAAUUUCAGUGGUAAAUAUGAUGCUAUGGGAGUUGUUAUUCGAUUAAAAUGUCAUUAUAAAUACAUAUAUAAUGGGUUAAUUAUCAAGUUUAUUCUCAA